AUGGCCUCCCUCUCCGCAUCUCUCAGACGUGCUCCCACCUCAACCCUCAGGUCUUCUUCCACCACCACCCUCUCAGCCAGAGAAACACGGACGUACUUCUCCUCAGCCACAACAGGGAAGCCGCGCCUGGUCAUUCUAGGUUCUGGAUGGGGAGGUUAUGAGGUGCUGCGGGCGGUGGACAAGAAGCGUUGGAACGUGAUUGUUGUGUCGCCGAACAACUACUUCAACUUUACCCCUCUCCUUGCGAGCUGUGCCGUCGGGACUCUCGAGUUCCGUGCUGCGAUUGAGCCUGUUAGACGCUAUACGCCUCAAGUGAGUGCUUACACCGCCUGGUGCGACUCCAUCGACUUCAAGCACAAGAAGCUAUUGUGCACUCCUGCGACGGCGCCAACCAAACUUGGUGAAUCACAUGCAAGCACGGACGUCAACGAGAUCGUGACCAAAGUUUCCGCGAAUUCCGACAAGUUCGAACUGACAUACGACAAGCUUGUGAUUGCGGUCGGAGCAUACAACCAAACUUUCAACGUUCCGGGAGUGAAAGAACAUGCGUAUUUCCUCAAGGAUAUCCGUGAUGCGAGGCGAAUCCGUUCUCGUGUCCUCGAAUGCUUUGAACAGGCAAACCAGCCCACCAUCACCGACUCGGACCGGCGCAAGCUUCUUAACUUCUGCGUGAUUGGUGGGGGUCCCACCGGAGUUGAAUUCUCCGCGGAGCUGCACGACCUUAUGCACACCGAGAUGACGCAACACUAUCCCGCUCUCGCGAAGAUGGCGAAGAUCAACCUUUACGACGUCGCCCCGAAUAUCCUCGGCGGGUUCGAUGCAGGACUACAGGAAUAUGCAGUGUCCAAGUUCAAGCGAGAAGGCAUCAGGCUACUCACUCAACACCACGUAGAACGUAUUGAAAAGGACCGGAUGUUCGUGACCGAGGAAGGUGAAGUGAACUUUGGUAUGCUCGUGUGGAGCACCGGCCUCGCACCGAACCCGCUCAUAGAGUCAAUCACGGAAGCGAAGAAGACAAAUCGGAGCCUGCUCACGACCCCGCACCUGAACGUCGUCAUGCGCGCGCCAGGUGGCGGCGUCGGCGACCCCGACGCGGGCGUGGCCGAUCCCGACGUAUUCGCGAUCGGGGAUGCCGCCUCGGUCGCGCGCGACCCGCUCCCCGCGACGGCGCAGGUCGCGAACCAGCAGGCAGUCUACCUCACGCGGCGGCUCAACGCGCUCGUCGGCCACGAGGCGGCGCGCGACGCGGCGGACCCGCCGUUCGAAUUCCGCAACGCGGGCAGCCUCGCGUACAUUGGCGGGUGGGAGGCCGUCUUCGACCGCACGCGCGCGGCGAGCGGGCCCCGCGGGAAGGAGUCGGGCCGCCUCGCGUGGCUGCUGUGGAGGAGCGCGUACUUCACGCAGACGCUGAGCGUCAGGAACAAAAUCCUCGUCCCGGUCUACUGGUUCAUCAAUUGGAUCUUUGGCCGUGACUUGAGCAGGUUCUGA